UUGCACAUGCCAAGAGGGGAGGGUUCACGUAAACACUGCCCUCGAUUUGCGAUUCACUUCUCAUGCAAGGUACUUUGGUCAGCUGGGUGUUUUUUCUUGCCGACUUAAUCUAAAUUAUAAUUAGUUUACAACAUGAAAACGUUGACCAAAGUGCUGCUCACGAGUGUCACCGUGGCUCUGCUCGCUGCCAAGUGGUACGCGCCCACCUUCAAUGCGGAAUCUCUCCGAGGUGCCAAGGUCUUAGUGACCGGGGCUAGCACUGGUAUUGGUGAAGAAAUGGCCUAUCACUAUGCCAAAUUUGGCGCCCAGAUCGUCAUUACGGCGAGGAGGGAGAAAGUAUUACAGCAGGUGGUGGAAAAGUGCCUUAGCAUGGGAGCUCAGAAGGCUCUUUACAUAGCAGCAGACAUGGCCAGUGACUCUGACCCGGAGAAGGUGGUAGAUUUCGCUCUCGACCAGCUCGGAGGUUUGGACUACCUCGUUCUCAACCACAUUGGACCAACCCCCUUCAGCAUGUGGGAGGGGGAUAUGGAGCAUGUCAGGUGGCUCAUGAAGGUCAACUUCUUCAGUUACGCUCAGAUGACCUGGAAAGCCCUCCCCUCCCUUGAGCAAAGUAAAGGCUCAGUCGUAGUUGUUUCGUCUCUUUUAGGUAAAUUGACCAGUCCCUUCGUAGCUCCUUACAUAUCAACCAAAUUUGCCUUGAAUGGUUUCUUUGGGGCUCUGACUCAUGAGCUGGCCAUGAAGAACAGCAACGUAUCCAUCACGACGUGUACACUGGGCCUCAUUGACACCGAAUCAGCCAUGGAGAAAGUCAAGGACGUCAGUCAUGUACCAGCAUACCCAGCCACCGAAGCGGCGUUGAACAUCAUCAAGACAGGAGCCACGAGACAGCGCGAGCUCUUCUAUCCUUGGUAUACUUACAUCGUGACUGUUGCAAGAGACUUCUUCCCCGAUGUCAGGGACUACUUCAUACAAAAGUCCUACAGCUACACGCCAUAAAAUAAAAAUGUCACAUGUUAGGGCCACGACUGCCCUCAUUUCCAGGAGUGGCUUCGGAUUUUU